CCAACUCUGACUAUUAUCUGUGUCAGUAAGUAACGUUAUGAAAUGAAAUGUUAAAUGGCUUCUUCUUCCUCUUUCUCACACCAUAGCCAAACAAAUUUCUAUCUUCAUUUUCUUCAUCUUCUUCUUCCAACACCAUGCCUCAGCCACCCUCACCUUCCUUCCUCCUCUGUCAUGAACAAUACUCCUCUUUCCAACAACAUUCUCCAACUCUCAUAACCACCCCAUCUUCACCUUCCAUUUUUUCCGACCACCACCUCUUCUCCCAACACGACCACCUUCUCUCUCUACUCUCCAAAGAGGCCGCUACUCAUUUCACUCCCUCCCCUUCCCACCACGUCGUACGCUGGAUUUCUACACUUUCCCAUUUCCACGGUUUCGCUCCUCUCACCACCGUUCUCGCCGUUAACUACUUCAACAGGUUCGUUAACAGAAGGAGCUUUAAGACCGAAGAUAAACCAUGGAAGACUCAACUGGCAGCCGUUGCUUGUGUCUCUCUCGCAGCAAAAGUGGAGGAAACACGGGUGCCGCUUCUUUUGGAGUUGCAAGUGGAGGAAUCGGAAUUUGUGUUUGAAGCGAAGACCAUACAUACGAUGGAACUCCUCGUUUUGUCCACUCUCGAAUGGAAAAUGAACCCUGUCACUCCAAUCUGUUUCUUUCAACACUUUCUCACAAGGCUUGCUUUAAAGCGUCACUUGCACUGGGAAUUUAUGUGUGGGUGUCAGCAUGUUCUUCUCUCUGUCAUUGCCGAUUCAAGGGUUAUGAGUUAUCUUCCUUCUACAUUGUCUGCUGCUAUAAUGAUACACGUAAUUGAAGAGAUUGAACCAUUGAAUGCUACGGAGUACCGAAAUCAACUUCUUGGUUUACUCAAAAGUAACGAGGAGCAAGUGAAUGAGUGCUACAAACUGAUGCUGGGAUUAUUAGUUUGCUGUAAAGGGAUUCACAAUCCUGGUCAGAGGCGCAAACGUGUCUCUGAGCCAAGUAGCCCUGAUGGGGUCAUUGAUGCAUCUUUCUGCUGUGAAAGCUCAAAUGAUUCGUGGUCAGUGGCAUCACUUUCUGUGGAGCCAGAGUUAAAGAGGAGAAAAGAUGAGGACCAGCAGAUUCGUUUGCCCCCAGCGAAUCGAGUGUCUCUUGAUGUUCUAAAUAUUCCUCGUUAAUAAUAACUUAGAAUCAUGGUAGUUUUAUUAGAAAACGCAAGAAAAUAUCUGGCAGUUAUGUUAUGGAGGAGAAGUUUUGCUGUCAGUUUCUACAUUGAUGGCUGAACACUUGACAAUGAACGAGGCAGAGAGAGACUCUAUUCCUUCACUGUUAUACAAGGAUCUGAUACUGAGUAGCAACAUUACAUGAAAUGUAGUUUUACAUGUGCAAGUUCAAUUACGCAUGAUGUUUCCCAAUGAGCAACAUUCAAGGGGUUUCCUUUGUUUCUUUGUUA